CAAAAUUGAUUUUUAUUACGUCAUCGAGUCGAUUCCCUUCCCGCCAUCUCUCUCUCUCUCUCUCUCCGUCGUUUCUGUCUCCCAGAAAAACCCUAGUUCACAGAAUCCCUAGGCUUCACUCGAUUCUAAAAUCCAAUUUUUUUUUCUGGGGUGAAAUUGCGAGGUUUGAAAGGAUGGUUUCGCUAAGCUGGAAACACCACACGCUAAUUCAGGCUUUGAUUUCACGAGGUCCUCUCAAGGAGAAAGAAUUUCAGUCAAUCUUCACCGGCGUCACCGGUAGAAACCCAGGAGCUGCUAAAAAGAUAUUUGACAAGUACCUUCUUGAGAUAAAUAAAGAACUCUCAUAUGUUCACUUUGAGUUGAGGGCUUGUAGAGAUCAGUAUGAUGGCCAGGUUUGCUAUGGAGUGGUUAACAAUGUUUCCGAUGAUCAAUCCAAGCUCGGGACAAAGUAUUCUGUUCCGCAGAUUGCAUUCUUUAAAGGCGUUAUAGAAGCAAUCGCACAGGAUGAAGCUGCUCAAGGCUGCAUAUCGAGCUUUGAUGCCCUCAAUAUCCGAUUGGAGAAUCAGUUACCAAGUGAAGCCAGCAGCAGUCAACAGCAAGUCCCUCCUGCGUUCAAAAACUUUUCAAUGUCGCAAAAGGAGAAAACUCUCGGUGAACUUGUAAAGGACAAGUGGCUGUGCCGCACGAGAGAGGGCAACAUUGGACUUGGUAUAAAAUCUCUUCUUGACCUGCGCAGUUGGUUCAGGAACAAUGACGUUCCUUCUUGCGAGGUCUGCAAUGAAGCUGGUGUAAAGGCGGAUUUGUGUCCAAACGAAGGUUGCACUGUUCGGAUACACAAAUACUGCCUCAAAAACCUAGUCUGCUCCGGUUGUGGGAAGCCAUGGCCGUUGGGUAGAGUUACAAAAGAAGAAGCUGUUGAAGCCGCGGUGAAUGAUGAGGAGGAGGAGGAGGAAAACGAGACUCAAGCCGCAGCUCCAAGAUUCAAGAGAAGGAAACUUAGGAACCCAAACCAAAGAGACUCAGCUGAAAACGGUUCUUCUCAAGCUUCUUUAGCCUCGACUAGUGGUUCCUCUGGGAGAAGAGUAACUCGUAGCGUUGCACGCUCGAAGUAAAGAGAAUUUCUCAGCACUCUGGUUUUAGGGCUUAGAUGUAUAUUUUGAUGCCUGUUUCUAUGUCCAAACAUCACUGGAAAUUUGGUCUGAUCUUAAUGUUUUCUCUUGUGGAACAUUGAUGGAGCUAUGUACUCUUCGGUUUUUGAGCCUACUACAAUAUAUUUAAAUUGAAAUUCCAAGUGUUCGUUUUUCAA